UUUUUUUUUUUUGCUGUGGCAACAUUAUGAGCAGGUCGUGAAAAAACGGCUCUGCAGAUAAAUUUUAUUCUAAAAAUAUAAAUCUAGUGCUAAUUUAAGUUAAUUGUGCAUUUAAAAUAGAUAAAACUAUCAAAUUAUUGUUAAAAUUAGUUUUGUUCUCGUGUUCGUGACGACGUUUGCAAUUUCAAACAAGUUUAUAAUCAGCUGUUCAAUGUGCCGGCUGUCAAAAGGAUAAAGUUUGAAUAUUACUUCAAACCCGGGGAGUAUAGUGUUUUUAUUUUAAUUACAUUGUAGUGUACACAACAUUACACCAACAAUACACGCAACCCAACGCAAUACACGGCUCAUUGUUAUGAGCUACUGUCAUUGCAUUGCACACCUAGUUAGUGUCUCAUUCUGCCUUCAACUUGUGAAAACAGAAUUGAAGACGAUAACGCUCGCCUACAACACACAAUAACAUUACAAAUUACUCUGCCACCAAUCAAUUUUUCUGUAAAACCUUGACAUUGCUGACCUACAAGAUUGUACUAUUUGAUUGACCUAUUUACAAAUUCCCAACUUUGUAUAUGUUGUUUGCCACACUUAUGUUUUAGCCUAGCAUUUUGCAUAAAUGUGUAAUCAAUAUCUAAUUGUUGCGAACCUUCCAUAUCUCAUACUUUCCACUUUCUUUAUUUAAAAAUAAAUAAAAAACUUACCCUCCAUUUUGAUAAAAAAAUAUAAUCUUAUAGUCCACUUCUAUAUUUUACAAAUUUCAUAAAUCCCUAUCCCUUUACAGUCUACUUCCUUUGUUCACUAACACACUCAUCAACAUCUUUAAAGCUAUUUUUUCACUUUUUAGAUACUAACAAUACAACAAUUAGAGAUGAUGACGCGCAGAGCCACAGUCAAAGACAUGGAAGAAAAACUCAGAGCUACACUGAGGGAACUCGAGUCAACUAAAACCUUGUGCAAGCAGUUACUCCAAGAGAGAGAUGACAGUGAAGUCGAAGUGAAGAACAUAAUCGACAAAAAUACCUCCCUCAAGAGUGAGUUGGCCGAGCUGCACAUACAGUACAUGGAUGUGCUCGACCACCAGCACACUCAGCUUCAACAAGAGAUGUCCUCGUUCCAUCAGUGCAGUGACACCCAUGAAGUGGCUUUACAGCGCAUCACAGAAUUAGAACAGGAGUUAUGUAAUGCCCAUAAGGCUAUAUCUAUACUAGAAUGUGGUAAGAUUAGUGAACAGGUUACUAACACUUGCAACCUUUUUGAUGAGUUAGUUGCCUGUAGGUCAAACAAGUUGCCUUGUAAGUUAGCUGAAACUAUUGAUUUGACUGGUGAUGAUACCAUUCCAAUAUGUCCUGUAGUUAUGAGUCAUAACAAAUUAAAAAAAUAUAUUAAAAUCAACAAGUUUAUUAGACGGUCAAAGAGAUAUUUGAAAAAACAAAAUCUCUUAAAAUUAAACAUUUUACUUAGAAAGGACCGUGUUAGCUUAACAAAGACACUAAGUUCCUGUACUGCUGAAUUAGAAUAUUGUAAAUCUAUGUAUGAGAUCGAAACUCAGCAGCUUCAACAAGAUUUAAAAUACAAGGAGUCUUUGCUAAAGGAUAUUUUUAGUAAAUAUGAGUCUUCUCAAGAACAACUAAGCAAGCGGUUAUUUGAGGCAGUGGAGCUGAUGGACCUGGUAAAGUCCAACACGGAGAGGUAUGAGUCUCUGACAAAUAGCCUUUCAUGUGAUGUUGCAAGCCAACCAUCACCUUUAAUACCAUUGUCUGAAAUAUCUGUGCCUACACCUGCUAUAGAGAAUAUUCAUAUACAAAAAUUGAAUACUUUGCUUUUCACAGAUGCAUUGGGUGCUGGCUUUGGAAAAAUUUUACACAAUUACCUUAGCCAUCACUUUACCAAUCACAGUUACCAUGACAUAACUUUUAAGCAAAUUGUUGAGAAAAUUGGCAGUACAAAAUUAGAUAGUAAUUCUAUAAUAGUUCUGUUGUUAGGUAGUAGUUCUGGUACAACAAAAGAGGACAUUGUGAAGGGUAUUGACACCUUACUUAGUUUAAACAUUGGAAAGUUAAUGUUAUGUGCUUUCCCUUAUUCUGAUAGUUUUUCAGAAUACCAAAAUAAGUGUAUAUUUAAUUUAAAUAAUACAUUACACAUGUUGACAUGUUGUCAUAGUGACAAACUUUUAUAUAUUAUAUGUUGAUAUAUACUAUUGCUAUGUUGAUAGCAUAUAAUAUUGACAAUAUUAUAUCUAAUAUAAUGAAAUGUAGGUUAGGGGACGAGGGUAUGCUGUAUAGUUAUACUAACAGCACACUGAUAGAUUGUUGUAUGAUGACGUCAUGUACGAAGGGGGGUCCACAAAUACUAUCUACCACCACUACCACCACCACCACCAAUAUGUUAGAACAUUCUAAUCAUAUUGAACACGCCGGUGGCAUAGAUUCUUCUAUGCAAGUUAUAUCAUUUGUGGAGAAAACUCCUGAUAUAAAUAAUUUAAACUAAUUAUUAAGACAACAGAAGAUAUUCCAGUAUUUAAUAAUUUUAAAGAUAGAAGUAAGUUAUCUUCUGGCGACUUAGUUAAUUACAAAAAUCACAGAAAUGAGCAACAUAUUUUAAAACUUUUCAAUCAAAAUAUUCAGAGUUGCUCUUCUAAACUUCUUGAAAUAGAAUUAGUAUUAGAACAAACCAAGUUUGAUGUAAUUUGUAUUACAGAACAUUGGCUGAAAGAUUAUCAAGUAGAAUCUAUAAAUUUUGAGAAUUAUUGUGUAGCUAGUUACUUUAGCCGGAAAUCCAUGAUACAUGGUGGCUCCCUAAUAUUAGUCAAAAAUCAUAUUAAAUAUAAAGUAAGAAAAGAUAUAGUUGAUAUGUCAGUGGAACAUAAUAUUGAAUUGUCCUGUGUUGACCUAGAUAAGCAUGUGAUAGUGUGUGUCUACAGACCACCGCAACACCAGAAUCUUUGUGUAUUUGACUCUGUCAUGGAAGAUGUCUUGAAAAAAGUCAGUAGCAGUAGUAAGUCAGUCAUCAUAUGUGGUGAUUUCAAUAUUAAUAUUUUAGAAAAUAAUAUUAUAAGUUCGAGUUUUUUAAAUCUUUUCAAAUCAUUUAAUUUACAUAACGUUUUUGAAGAACCUACUAGGGUAACACCAACUACUGCUACUUGUAUAGACAAUAUUUUUUGCAGCUGUGAGUACCUGCAUAAGUCCAUAGUGAAUUACUUGCCAUCUGAUCACAGUGGACAAGUGAUCACUUUCCACACUUACUCUCCACCAGAGAAAACAAAAAUAAAUUUUAGAGAAUAUACUUCAAAAAAAAUCGAUAAACUAAAUCAGACUCUAGCUGAUAAACUGUGUGUACAUAGCUUCAAUCUUAAAAAUCCAAGUGAUAUUUAUGCCGAUUUUUCUCUGUAUUAAACGACC